CCCAUGGCGUUACCUCUCCCCCAAUAUAUACCCCCACAUCUCACUGUCCUCUCCCCACUCUCACCACAAUCUCUCGCUCUCUCUCUCUCUCUCUCUCUCUCUAACCCGGCCUUCCCUCUUUUCUCUCUCUAGAGAACUUUAUACUAGUUCCACACACACCACAUGGCCAAGGAAAUGGGAGUGGCGGAGCAGGGCUCUUUCUCCGCCAAGGACUACCACGACCCGCCACCGGCGCCGCUGAUCGACCCGAAGGAAUUAAUCAAGUGGUCCUUCUACAGAGCCGUGAUUGCCGAGUUCAUAGCCACUCUCUUGUUCCUUUACAUUACGGUCCUGACCGUGAUUGGGUACAAGAGCCAGACCGACAACGCCGACCCCUGCGGCGGCGUGGGUAUUCUGGGCAUCGCCUGGGCCUUCGGCGGCAUGAUCUUUGUCCUUGUUUACUGCACUGCCGGUAUCUCUGGUGGUCACAUUAACCCAGCCGUGACAUUCGGAUUGUUCUUGGCCCGAAAGGUGUCCUUAAUCCGGGCUCUGAUGUACAUGGUGGCCCAGUGCUUGGGGGCCAUAUGCGGUGUUGCCCUCGUCAAGUCGUUCCAGAAGUCGCACUACGACCGGUACGGCGGCGGGGCCAACGAACUCGCCCUUGGGUACAGUAAAGGCACCGGAUUGGCGGCUGAGAUCAUCGGGACUUUCGUUCUUGUUUACACCGUCUUCUCUGCCACCGAUCCUAAGAGAAACGCCAGAGACUCCCAUGUCCCCGUGUUGGCACCACUUCCAAUUGGAUUCGCCGUGUUCAUGGUUCACCUGGCCACCAUCCCAAUCACCGGCACCGGAAUCAACCCCGCCAGAAGCCUUGGAGCUGCAGUUAUCUACAACAAAAACAAGGCUUGGAAUGAUCAAUGGAUGUUUUGGGUCGGACCCUUCAUUGGAGCAGCCAUUGCAGCCUUCUACCACCAGUUCAUAUUGAGAGCCGGGGCGGCAAAGGCUCUGGGUUCAUUCAGGAGCAGCUCCCAUGCUUGAUUUUCACAUAUCCAUUCUCCCUCUGUUGCUUAAGAGGAAAAACAAGUGUAAAAGAAGGAGGUGAUCAUGUUUUAAGAAAAAAAAGUGUGAAAUAAACACUCACUCUCUCUCUCUCUCUAGGUUGGGAACCAUGGAUAUGUAGAGAAAAAGCCCCCUUUGGAGAGGGGAAGCUUUUUUUGGUAUCCCUUUUGUUUGUCUUAGCACUCUUCGAAUCUAAUCUGUUAGUGCCGUUGUCAUCUAUUUAUGCUUACUUUGGUGGAUAAUUCUAUCUGUGGUGAAUGUUAAUUAGUCAUCUAUCUUUUCUUAA